CACAUGACAAUGUCCUCCCCAAAUAUCAGCUCCUUGUCGUGGGGUCACAUGACAGUGAAGGGCUGCUCCGCCGCCUACAAGGACUGCAAGGUGUGGCCCGGCGGCAGUCGGUCCUGGGACUGGCGCGAGACCGGGACGCAGCACCACCCGGGGGUCCAACCCGCUGAUGUGCAGGAGGUGCUGGACAGAGGAGUAAAGCUGCUGGUGAUUGGCCGAGGCAUGGACAUGGCCCUGCAGGUUCCCGCCUCCACCCUGGACUUUGUGGCACAGCAGGGGGUGGAGGUCAGAGUCCUGCAGACGGAGCAGGCCGUCGCCGAAUACAACAAACUGGCCGGCCAGGGCGCCAAGGUGGGCGGGGUCUUCCACUCCACCUGCUGAAGUUGGCGUGCGAGAGACUUUUCACACAUUCUUUCACCGUAGGAAAAGUCAUGUAAUAUUUGCAAUUAAAUAUCGUUGUCCUUGUU